GAAAUGGUUAUAAUCAUUUAUAAAGAUACCACAAUAUUUGGUUACGUAGAACAAAAAUGAUAGAUAUAGACAACGUAUAUGUGCACACGUGAUUCGUCAUUAGGAAAAACGUAUUCUAUUUUACAUAUAUACGACUUCGACAACGUUCGAGAUGAGAAUCGAAAUAUGUGUAUAUCGAAAGUGAUCGCGUAUCUCGAAAUUUAAAUCCAAUAAAAUAAAUUAUAUGUAAAAAUGAGAUAUAUAAUUAUGCGACUAAAAAAAUAUGGAUACCUUAAUUUCAUAACCAAUUAGAAAGAAUAAUCGAUUAAGUGGAAUAUUAAUGAAUCAAAAACAUCGUGUGCGUCGAGUGAAUUAUAUUAGCGUAAAAAUUCUAACCUCCAAUCGACGAAAAUGAAGAUCUAAUUUAUCUCCCACACCAUGAAAUAGUAAAAGUCGAUAGACCAAUGCAAAAACAUAACUCUUACGUCUGCUACACGUGAUACAACUGGACCUGCGCCAAUCACGAUGCGGCUCACGCGAGUAUACUCGAUCGGCGGGUUAAUAAUUAGACCGCAUUCGUAGUAAUGAGGUCAUGAAAUUUAUCCAAGAUUAUAAGUGUGCACAGAUUACAAAAAAAAAAAAAAAAAAAAAAAAGAAAAAAAAUAAAGAACGGAAAAAAAGAAAAAAAAAAGAGGAAUAUCGUCCUGUCACGAGUACCGUUUGAUGCGCCACUGAUUCGUUUGCAGAAAGCUCUAACGAGGGAAAAGCUCAUAGAAGAAAGUGUGAAGCAUUCAAAAUGGAUGAUUCAUAAGAAGAACGUUCAACUUACUUGUUCUUUGGAAGAUAACAAACUUCGAAUAUUCUUCGUUCGAAAGGAUGACGAUUGGGAAAAAUUUGAAAGACCCUUCGAUGUAAGAUAGAGAAAGAUUCGUGGCGCGGAUCGCGCGCCCAUCUUAAUCGCUUAUCUAGGACUCACCGAGCGUGGUAGUUGCUUGCAGUAUGUCUCAUCGUUUUGGCACAUGCGCAGUGACACAACCUACCCUAGGUAGAUAUCGUACAUAUGACCUUCAGCGGGUAUAGGAGAGGGUGAACAAAUUUGAACCAUAUUUUUGCAGCACACCCACGUUAGAGAACAAAUUAUGACGUUUAUGCAGCAAAAAUCUUUAAUCUUCAUGUAUUUAUAUACUUGAUGAUUCUUUCUUUAUUUUUUAAUAGAACGUAAUACGAAGGUACAGUAAGAUGCUAGAUCACGAUUUGUAAGAUCUCAGAGUCGGUCUGAAAUCGAGUUACCCUUUCGUGCGUCAGAAAGCGAUCGAUGGAUUUGGUUGUCCCGGCAACGCGCGAAUACCGUUGGAGGACCGCCGCAGAAGCAGAAACUCUGAUGGCGGGAGUGUCCGUGUGUUGGAGGAAAAGGGGUUGUUAAAGUGGUGGAGAAGAGUGAAGAGGAGUACAAGAGUGGACGAGAACGCGACAACGACAACGACGACUGGUGGAGGUGGUAAUGGUGGUGGUGGUGGUGGUUGAAGUAAAGGAGGUGGAGGAGAGAUUGGCUGAUCGACUCUGAUCGACGCUAACGAUGCAGUGACAAAGUCAGCCACAGUAGAGAGAGGACGUUUCUUUUUAGGAGUCCUCUCCAAACCUUCCAUCGCGGAUUCUAAUGUUCUCCACGCGUUCUUUCACAAACAAUCAUCAUCGUCCCAGCUGACUAUCACGAUCAAUCUUUUCGCACAACGUCACAUCAAAAGGACAGAUUAUUAUUGUGCGAUGCCACGGAGGCCAACGUCCCUCCGCAGCAACAAUUUAAUAUCAAUCGAAUCAUCAAAACGGAAGGGACCACUUCGCGAGACGUCAAUGACGUUAGGAUGUACACUGCAAACGGCGAGAGGAAAGAACGAAACUCGUCAGAAAAUCUUUUCCUUCGGAGAUGGGUCGACAUGCCGAGACAUCUCCAAUUUAAUCCGCACAUACAUACUGGUUACAGGCCUCUCAUGACCGUCCGUCAAUGUAUCGGUAGUCUCUUUUAUAUCCACAAUGAGACUGUCAACAUCAUGACGCACGGUUUCGCAAUUCUAUACAUGUUGUGGACCAUACCUCGUUGGCUUCCAUGGCAUACGCAAGGAAUACUCGGGGCAAUAUUAUCUUGGUGUCACUUGAUAGGGGCAGUUAGUCCAUGGAUCGGAUCCUUUAUUUAUCAUGUUUUCAUGAAUGUUAAUUAUGACGAAGCCUUUUAUAGAUCGUUAUUAAGACUCGACAUGAUCGGUAUUUGGCUAUGUCAAAGUUUCGGAGCUAUUCCAAUGCUGGCAGCGUCGGUUCAUUGUUUACCUGAUAAUCACUGGUACUGCUGUAUUUUUAUUUACUGCUUUCUCAGUAUAUGGGGUCUUCUGAAGGCAAUGCACGCGAGAUCUCCGUGGGAAAGGAGACUAUGUUUUGCACCUCCUUUCUUGAUGAGAAUGUUCAUAAUGACCAUGAGGUGUUUCGGUAUCGGUGGUGGUUCACCCAAAGCUUUAACUCAUAUCGUCUUACAGGAUUUAAUAGCUGUAAUAGGUGCAAUUGUCGGUGCUCUUCGUAUUCCCGAAAAAUGGAUGCCAGGAAAAUUAGAUUUCAUGUUGAAUUCUCACAAUCUGAUGCACGUGUUGGUCGUUCUAGCUGUUUGUUCGAUGCAUACAGCCACUAUCGAGGAUCUCACUUGGAUGGCUGAUCAAUCCACGUGUAAUGAAACAAAUACUUUUUCGAUGAUAAACGAAGAAUUGUGAUCGAUUUGUAAUAACGUCAUUUUGCAAUAGUCUGUGAUAAGAUACAGCUGAUAAAUUGUUCAAUGCAAUUGUAUAAGGAGCUAAGAAUGCUGAAAUGUUUCAUGAUCGAUACAUACGUGGUUCAAAAGUAAGAAGCUAAUUUUAAAGCUGUUUGAUAAUAUGGAUCAUAUGAACAGGAUGUUCGAAGUACAAGUGCAAGUACAAAGAUAUAUGUAUAUUAUAUAUAUUAUGCGAUAUAUAAUAUAUAUUGUUUCGGUAUCGAUAGUGAAUGUGGUGGCUUUAUGUAAUAUAUAUAUAUA